AUGUUCCACAAUAAGCAUUAUAAAGAUGACAUGAUUUACGUCACACAUUUGACGCGAAACAUUCUAGGCCUACUCGGAAUUUGGCCGUCUAACAAUAAAAAAGAUUUUACCGGCGCGAAAGUCUGGAGGUACUUCUUAAUCUCGAGCUGUAACAUUCUUCUCUAUUGCGUUUUCCUUCCUGGAAUCCUUUUCUGGUUUAUUGAAAAGAGAACACGCGUUAGAGUCCAGACGAUUCCUCUGCUUCUUUUUGUUUUGAUGGCUUGUAGUAAAUAUAUCAAUCUGCUAUUCCAUGAAAAGAAAAUUAGACGCUGCUUGGAGCACAUCGAGGAAGAUUAUAGAAACGUUACCAACAUAAAAGCGCGGGACACGAUGAUUACAUCUGCGAAGAUUGGAAGACGUCUAGUCUCACUUUGUGCGAUUUUCAUGUACAGCAGUGGACUUUCCUUUCGAUUGAUUUUGCCAUUUGCCAGGGGAAAAGUUGUCACUCCACAAAACAUCACACUCAGACCUCUACCUUGUCCGAGUUACUUCAUUUUCUUCGAUGUGCAAAUCAGCCCUACUUAUGAGCUGCUCUUUGCAAUACAAGUAUUAUCCGGGAUAAUCACUUACUCGAUAACAACAGGUUUAUGUGGUCUUGCGACUGUUUUCGUGAUGCACGCCUGCGGCCAGCUGAAGGUCCUCAUAAAUUUGAUGACAAAUCUCGUCGAGGAAAAGUGGCUUGAAAAACGAGAACUGAAUAGAAAACUGGCAAGAAUGGUUGAACAUCAAAUAAGAUUUCGAAGUUUUUUACAAUUGAUGGAAAAUACUCUACAUCAAGCGUGUCUAAUAGAAUUGAUGGGAUGCACGAUGUUAAUCUGCCUUCUAGGAUAUUUUAUAAUAAUGGAAUGGGAGAACAGCAAUCGGAUAGCUAUGUGCUCCUAUUUUUCAUCAAUUAUAUCCAUGAUGAUAAAUGUGUUCUUGUUUUGUUACACUGGUGAGCAACUUACCGUUCAGGCAGAGGAAGUAGCUAGAAAAUCUUGCGUACUCGAGUGGUAUCGUCUUCCGAAUAAAGACGCGCGUGGGAUCGUAUUGAUAAUAAUCACGUCAAACUUGCCGACUAAGAUCACAGCUGGGAAGAUCGUGGAUUUAUCAUUCAAGACUUAUGGCGACAUCGACAAAAGAAUGUUGCGCAACGAGCAUUAUAAAGACGACAUAAUUUACAUUACAUAUUUGACGCGAAACGUUCUAAGCUUACUUGGAGUAUGGCCUUCUUAUGGGAAAAAAUCUACCCGCGAGAAAAUUGGGAAGUACUUCUUAAUCUCGAUCUGUCACAUUCUUCUCUAUUCUGUCCUGAUACCCGGGGUUCUUUUUUGGUUGAUCGAGAAGAGACCACGCGUCAGGGUCCGAACAAUCCCUUUGCUUCUUUUUGGCUUCAUGGCCUGUGGUAAAUAUAGCAAUUUGGUAUUCCAUGAGAAGAAUAUAAAACGCUGCUUGCAGCACAUCGAGGAAGAUUAUAAAGUUGUUACGAAUGCGAAAGCGCGAAAUACGAUGAUCGAAUCUGCAAAAAUUGGAAGACGUCUGGUUACACUUUGCGCGGUUUUCAUGUAUGGCAGCGGGCUCUCUUUUCGACUGAUCUUGCCAUUUGCCAAAGGAAAAAUUAUCACUCCACAAAAUGUUACGAUCAAACCUCUGCCUUGCCCGGCUUAUUUCCUUUUCUUCGAUGUACAAGUCAGCCCCACUUACGAGCUGAUCUUUGCAAUACAAAUAUUAUCUGGGAUAAUCACUUACUCGAUAACAACAGGUUUAUGUGGUCUUGCAACGGUCUUCGUGAUGCACAUCUGCGGCCAGUUAAAAAUCCUGAUGAAUUUGAUGAGAAAUUUUGUAAAGGAGAAAUGGCAACAGAAACGAGAAGUGAACAGGAAGCUGGCAAUAAUGGUUGAACAUCAAAUAAGAAUUCGAAGUUUUUUGCAAUUGGUAGAAAAUACUCUACAACAAGCGUGUCUAAUAGAAUUGAUGGGGUGUACGAUGAAUGCCUGCAUUCUAGGAUAUUUUAUAAUAAUAGAAUGGGAAAAUAGCAAUUCAUUAGCUAUGAGUUCUUACUUUACAGCACUUAUGUCCAUGUUGAUAAACAUGUUUAUGUUUUGUUACACUGGUGAACAACUUACUGUUCAGGCUGAGAAAAUAGCUAGAACGUCUUGCAUACUCGAGUGGUAUCGUCUUCCAAAUAAGGAUGCGCGUGGGAUCGUGUUGGUGAUAAUCAUGUCGAAUUUGCCCACCAAGAUUACUGCUGGAAACAUUAUGGAUCUAUCAUUAAAAACAUAUGGCGAUGUUAUCAAAGCAGCUGUGACGUAUUUUAACAUGCUUAUAAAAACAAUUAAAUGA